AUCACUCUGCCGUUCCCCGCUGCCGCUGCUCCGAAGGAGGUGCUGAAACCAUAUAGAUCUCGCUCUGUUACCUCUAACACCGCCGACAUUUGCAGCCAUUUUACACAAGCCGAACGGAAUCAUGUCGUGAGGCAUCACAUCACCUGGGACGACCGGACCCAGCUACGUCUGGACCGCGACAAGUCGACAAGAUGGUGAAGCGGAAAAGCCUGGAUGAGACCGACACGGAGUGCGGCAAGGGUAUACCGUUCCCGAUCCAGACCUUCUUGUGGAGGCAGACCAGCGCGUUUCUGAGGCCGAAGUUGGGGAAACAAUAUGAGGCAUCUUGUGUGUCCUUUGAGCGGGUGCUGGUGGAAAACAAGCUCCACGGUCUCUCCCCGGUGCUGUCGGAGGCCAUCCAGAGCAUCUCUCGCUGGGAGCUGGUCCAGGCCGCCCUGCCCCACGUGCUCCACAGCACCGCCAUCCUGCUCUCUAACAGGAACAAGCUGGGUCACCAGGACAAGCUGGGCGUGGCGGAGACCAAGCUGCUCCAUACCCUCCACUGGAUGCUACUGGAGGCGGCCCAGGAGUGCAACCAGGAGCCCAGCCUGGGCCACGGAUGGUCGGGGGGCAGCAGCAGCUCAGCCUUCCUCCAGCCAAUGGGGAUUGGGAACCAGGGUUCCCCGCCAGCCAGAGGUGGCCCAGGAUCAGGCACCGGUUCUGGGUCAGGAGCGCCACGCUGUAGCGGGUCCCUGGAGGAGGAUGAGCACGCCCGCACCAAGCUCUUCCACAAGAGCAUGGCCACUGUGGAGCUGUUUGUCUUCCUCUUUGCUCCCCUCAUUCACCGCAUCAAGGAGUCUGAUCUGACUUUCCGAUUGGCCAGUGGUCUCAUCAUAUGGCAGCCAAUGUGGGAGCACCGGCAACCUGACGUCCCCGCCUUCUCUGCCCUCAUCAAGCCUGUGAGGAACAUUGUGACAGCCAAGAGGAACUCCCCGGUGAACAACCAGUGUAGCCCCUGUGGGUCCAGAAACCAAGGCCCCAUGGGCUUCCAGGUGGUCUGUGAAACGGCCCAAUCAGAUUCAUCCUCCCCCGGGGCUGGAGAGCAGAGCUGUCGCCGCGGCAACUCAGUAGAAAGAGGUGGGCCGUCAACGCGACAGGCUCCACUCGACAAAGGGAUCGCCAAGAAGAAGACCUCUGCCCCAGCGGGCAUCUCCGUCUCCCUGGCCCAGCGUGCCCGCUACGCCACCUACUUUGACGUGGCAGUCCUGCGCUGCCUGCUGCAGCCCCACUGGACGGAGGAGGGGGUGCACUGGGCCCUCAUGUUCUACCUGCAGCGCCUGCGUCAGAUCCUGGAGGAGCGCCCGGAACGCCCGCCGGAGCCACUGGUCCCGCCCCUGCCCCGCCCUCGCAGCAGCUCCAUGGUGGCCACCGCCCCCUCUCUCGUCAACACCCACAAGACUCAGGACAUGAGUCUGAAAUGCAAUGAGGAGGAUAAGUCCCUCAGCUCAGAGACCUUCUCUAAGGUGUCCCUGACCAACCUGCGCAGACAGGCUGUACCCGACCUUUCCUCUGACCUGGGGAUGAACCUCUUUAAAAAGUUCAAGAACCGGCGGGAGGACCGUGAGCGUAAGGGCUCCAUCCCGUUCCACCACACGGGCAAGAAGCGCCAGCGCCGCAUGGGUGUGCCCUUCCUGCUUCACGAGGACCACCUGGAUGUGUCCCCCACCCGAUCCACCUUCUCCUUCGCCAGCUUCUCUGGCGAUGACCGGCGGGCGCUGGAGCGCGGGGGCUGGCAGGCUACCAUCAUGGGUAAGUUGACGCGGCGAGGGAGCACAGACACGGCUGCAGACACAGACAACCUGAGUGCUAAACACUCACACUCCCAUCACUCCCUGCUCAGAGACAUGCCAGACCACUCCAACAGCCACGGAGACAACACCGUUCACGCCAAGGGGGAGGUGCGUUCACAGAUCUCCACCAUCACCAUGGCGACGUUCAACACCACAGUAGCGUCCUUCAACGUGGGCUAUGCCGACUUCUUCACCGAGCACAUGAAAAAGCUGUGUAACCCUGUACCCAUCCCAGAGAUGCCCCACGAGACGCUGGCGUGCGCCAACCUGCCCCGGAGCUUCACCGACUCGUGUAUCAACUACUCGUGCCUGGAGGAGGGAGACAACAUCGAGGGCACCAACAACUUCAUCCUGAAGAAUGGCAUGCUGGACCUUACGGCCAUCCUGCGGGCGGUCUACGCCGUGCUGACCCACGACAUUAGCUCACGGAUCUGUGACGUGUCGCUCAACAUCAUCGACUGCCUGCUGCAGCUGGGGGUAGUGCCGGGCAUGGGAAAGAAGCUCUCCAAGCCCGACGACAAGGAGAACGAUGAGACACGCCUCCCGAAGGAGGGGGCCAAUCAGAGCGUGAGUGGCACCCAAGGGGGCGUGUCUGGAGGGUGCAGCGGGGCGGCACCAGGAGGAGGGGGUGGAGGAGGAGGAGGGGGGGAUGGAGGAGGAGGAGGUGGGGGAAGUGGAGGAGGGAGCGGAGGAGGGAGUGGAGGAGGAAGCAAGGACGACGUGAAGAACAAUAAGGAGAAAGACAGCAAGGAGGACGGCUCUUCACUGAGUACCCACAGGCUGGCUCUUACCAUGCUGAUCAAGAUGGUCAAGUCUCUGGGUUGUGCCUACGGCUGUGGGGAGGGCCACAGAGGACUCUCAGGGGACCGGCUCCGCAUGCAGGCCCAGAACUGCCUGACCAACCUGUACAAGCUGGACAAGUUGCAGUUCCGUCAGACCAUGAGGGACUACGUCAACAAGGACUCGCUCAACAACAUUGUGGACUUCUUGCACGCACUCCUGGGCUUCUGCAUGGAGCCCAUCACCAACAAUAAGGCCGGGUUCGGGAACAACUUCACCACAGGGGACAACAAGUCACUGGCCCAGAACAUGGAGGCAGUGGUGGUGGGCUGCAUGUUCAAGUCUCUGAUCACUCGCUGUGCCUCCACCACGCAUGAGCUGCAUAGCCCUGAGAACCUGGGUCUGUACUGUGACAUCCGCCAGCUGGUGCAGUUCAUCAAGGAGUCCCAUGGCAACGUGUUCCGCAGGGUGGCAUUGAGCGCGCUCCUGGACUCGGCCGAGAAAGUGGCCACCACCAAGAAGCCAGAGGAGAAGGAGGAGCCUAUCACCAAACCUACAGCAUCCAGGAGGUCAGAGGCAGGUGUGUCUGGGGAAAAGGGAGGGCAGCCGUCCACCGCUGCAGACGAGUGCCGCAGCUGCAUAUCCAGCCGCCCCCCCCAGACACCAGAGCAUGAUGAACAGAUUCCGGGGGCUCUGCUGGGCAAGAAGGACUUCUGGAGGAAGAUGUUCAAGUCACAGAGUGCUGCCAGCGACACCAGCAGCCUAUCAGAGCAGGACACGUCAGAGUGCACCACCGCCCACUCGGGCACCACCACGGACCGACGCACCCGCUCACGCUCCCGACGCAUCUCUCUGCGCAAGAAGCUCAAGCUGCCCAUCGGUAACUGGCUUAAGCGGUCAUCUCUGUCUGGGCUGACCGACGGGGUGGAGGACUUGUUGGACAUCAGCUCUGUGGACCGACUCUCCUUCAUCCGCCAGAGCUCCAAGGUGAAGUUCACCAGCAACGUGAAGCUGUCAGAGUGCGGAGGGGGAGCGGGCGUGGAGUACGGCCGGGACGAGGAGGAGAAUUUCUUCAAGCGGCUCGGUAAAUGGCGGUCUGGCAGGCGGAACCCAUCCAAGCUUCACCACACAGAAGAGAAAGAUGGGCCCCAGGGGUUCCAGGAGCGCCUGGCAGCCAGCCAGGAGGCCAUGAAGAACAAGAACGUGGUGAACCUGACCGCCAUCCGCCAGGGCAUGAAACGCUUCCAGUUCCUGUUGAACUGCUGCGAGCCAGGCACCAUCCCUGACGCAUCCAUCCUGGCCGCUGCGCUCGACCUGGAAGCUCCCGUGGUUGCCAGAGCCUCCCUGUUUCUGGAGUGCGCCCGCUUCGUCCACCGUUGUAACCGUGGCAACUGGCCCGAGUGGAUGAAGGGUCACCACGUGAACAUCACCAAGCGGGGUCUGUCUCGGGGGCGCUCGCCCGUGGUGGGAAACAAGAGGAACCAGAAGCUCCAGUGGAAUGCAGCCAAGCACUUCUGUCAAUGGGGAGAUGCCAUUGGUACACGUCUCAGUGAGCUGUGCCACUCAGACAGCGAGAGUCCUGCCAACAUCCUGGGUUUUAUCUAUGACGAGGAGACCAAGCGAAGAUUGAGAAAGGAGGAUGAGGAGGAGGACUACUUAGACGACAAUACAGUCAACCCAACAAAAUGCGGCUGUCCUUUCGCUCUCAAGAUGGCCGCCUGCCAGUUACUGCUGGAGAUCACCACGUUCCUCAGAGAGACAUUCCCCUGCCUCCCCCGGCCACGCACAGAGCCCCAAGUGGAUUUGGAGAGCUGUCGAUUGAGGCUGGACCCUGAGCUGAGUCACCACCGUUAUGAGAGGAAGAUCAGCUUUGCCGGUAUCCUAGACGACGAGGACGGCCACGACUCUUUGAACAGCAGCAGCCACACACUCAAGUCUGACACGGCCUGCGACGACAAGAAGGCCCAGGAGCCUCUGGCUCCCAUCAGGAAGAGUCGCGCCGGGGGCUCUCGCCUGCUGCAGAUCAAGGGGGCCAGGAGUUUCAGGGUGAAGAAGGGGGGCUCUCUGUCCUCCAUCCGCCGGGCCGGCAGCCUGAAGAGCACCAAGAUGUCCCGCCAAGACUCAGAGUCAGAGAACGAGGAGGGACUGCUGUCCCAGAGCAGGGACACUGUCACUGACAUAGGAAGUCCAUGGAGCACCAGUGAACCCAGUAUUGAGCCGGAGGGUUCAGGAGGCACCGGCGGAGCAGAGGACAACUACCACCGUAACAUGUCCUGGCUACAUAUCAUGAUUCUGCUGUGCAACCAGCAGAGUUUCAUCUGUACCCACGUGGAGUUCUGCCACCCACGCUGCUACCAGCACCACAGCCGCUCCUGUGCCCGCCUGGUGCGUGCCAUCAAGCUGCUCUACGGGGAGACAGUGGACAGCCUGAGAGAAGACAGUGCAGGGAACAUCAGUAGCCGGUCCAAGAAAAACAAGGAGUGGUCAGACAAGUCAAGUCUGAGGACCCCAUCCAUGAAGAGACGCCCCAAAGACUCCAACACCGAGGGCAAGAAGGACACGGGCAUGCUCAAGUACAUCCGCAACCAGGUGAUGAGCCUGUCCCCAGCUCCUCUGUCACUGCUGAUCAAGGCGGCGCCCAUCCUGACAGAGGACAUGUACGCAGACGUCCAGCCUGCAGCCUGGGAGCUCCUGCUGAGUGUGGACGAGCAUAUGGCUGCCGCUGCAGCUGCCAUGUUCUUGCUGUGUGCGGUGAAGGUGCCUGACGCAGUGACAGAGAUGAUGAUGGCUGAGUUCCAGCACGCUGAGGCGAGCCAGCGCAUCAACUCGGUGUUUAAGUUCUACACGCUGUGGCGCUUCCGCUACCAGGUGUGGCCGCGCAUGGAGGAGGGUGCCCAGCAGAUCUUCAAGAUCCCUCCGCCCAGCAUCAACUUCACCCUGCCCUCACCUAUCCUGGGAAUGCCCUGUGUGCCCAUGUUUGACCCGCCCUGGGUACCCUCCAACACUGGCAGUGUCCAAGACCCAAUCAACGAGGACAACUCUAAAUCUUUCUCGGCGCGGGCCGUGUCGCGCUCCCACCAGCGUGCAGAGCACAUCCUGAAAAACCUGCAGCAGGAGGAGGAGAAGCGUCGUCUUGGGCGCGAGGCCAGCAUCAUCACAGCCAUCCCCGUGGCCCAGGAGGCCUGCUACGAACCCACCUGCAGCCCCCCUCCCGAGCAGGAGGAGGAAGAAGAAGAGGUCAAUCUGGCGUCUCGCCGCAUGUCCGUCACUCCGUCCUGCACCUCCAGUAACUCUCACAGGAACUACUCCUUCCGCCGCGGCUCCGUGUGGUCAGUCCGCUCCGUGGUCAGCGCCGAGGAUGAGGAGAACACUACGGAGCACACGCCCACUCAUCACAUGCUGCAGCCCCCCCAGGCCGUCUUCCCAGCAUGCAUCUGUGCCGCCGUCUUACCCAUAGUGCACCUGAUGGAGGACGGGGAGGUGCGAGAGGACGGUGUGGCAGUGAGUGCAGUGGCCCAGCAGAUCCUGUGGAACUGUCUGAUCGAAGACCCCGCCCUGGUGCUCAGGCACUUCCUGGAGAAGCUCACCGUUAGCAAUCGACAGGACGAGCUGAUGUACAUGCUGAGGAAGCUGUUGAUGAACAUCGGUGACCUCCCAGCCCAGACCUCUCACAUCCUCUUCAACUACCUGGUGGGGCUGAUUAUGUACUUUGUGCGUACUCCGUGUGAGUGGGGUAUGGAUGCCAUCUCGGCCACGCUGACCUUCCUGUGGGAGGUGGUGGGCUACGUGGAGGGGCUCUUCUUCAAGGACCUCAAACAGACCAUGAAGAAGGAGCAGUGUGAGGUCAAGCUGCUGGUCACUGCAUCCAUGCCAGGAACCAAGACCCUGGUAGUGCACGGGCAGAAUGAGUGUGACAUUCCUACCCAGUUGCCUGUACAUGAAGACACUCAGUUUGAAGCCUUGCUCAAGGAGUGUUUGGAGUUCUUCAACAUUCCCGAGUCUCGGUCGGCACACUACUUCCUCAUGGACAAGCGCUGGAACCUCAUUCACUAUUCCAAGACCUUUGUGAGGGACAUCUAUCCGUUCAGGAGGUCUGUGUCUCCCCAGCUCAACCUGGUCCACAUGCUGCCAGAGAAAGGACAGGAACUCAUUCAGAAACAGGUGUUUUCCCGUAAACUGGAGGAGGUGGGCCGUGUUCUAUUCCUCAUCUCCCUGACCCAGAACAUGCCGGCCAUCCACAAACAGUCCCAUGUGUCCAUGCUCCAAGAAGACCUGCUCCGCCUGCCCUCCUUCCCCCGCACGGCCAUCGACGGAGAGUUCUCUCUCUUCAGCGAGCCACAGGGCAAGGAGCUCUUCGGCCUGGACACUCUCCACAAAGUCCUGUGGAUCAAACUACUAGAAGAGAUGUUUCUGGGCAUGCCCAGUGAGUACCCGUGGGGGGACGAGAUCAUGCUCUUCCUGAACGUGUUCAACGGUGCCCUGCUGCUGCACCCCGAGGACAGCGCCCUCCUCAGGCAGUACACGGCUACUGCCAUCAACACGGCCGUUCACUUCAACCACCUGUUCUCCCUGAGUGGAUACCAGUGGCUCCUCCCCACCAUGUUGCAGUCCUAUGCUGACUAUGAGAGUAACCCGCUGCUGAGACAGGGGAUAGAGUUCUGCGUCAGACAGUUCUACAUCCUGCACCGUAAACCCUUCAUCCUCCAGCUGUUUGCCAGCGUGGCCCCUCUGCUGGAGUUCACAACGUGCACCAGUACAGGCCUGUCUAAGGGGGUGUCUGCUCAGUGCCUGUUUGACCUGCUGGUCUCUCUGGAGGGAGAGACGCGUGAUACCCUGGAUGCCCUGGAGCUGGUCAAGGCUGAAAAACCCCUACGAUCCCUGGACUUCUGCUAUGGUAGUGAGGACCUGGCCUUCUCCAUCAGUGAGUCCAUCAAGCUGUGUGUGACGGUGGUGGCCUACGCCCCAGAGUCUUUCAGGAGCCUACAGAUGCUGAUGGUGCUGGAGGCCCUGGUGCCAUGUUUUCUCCAGAAGCUGAAGAGCAACACCAUGACCAUGGAGUCAGCCUCGGCAGCGCGGGACGAGAUCGCCGCCAUCGCCGCCCUGGCCACCUCCCUGCAGGCCCUGCUCUACAGCUCAGAGACCCUCACACGGCCUAUGACUGCCCCACAGUUGAGUCGCUGUGACCAGGGACACAAAGGUGCAACGACUGCCAACCACGCCAUGUCUGGAGGGCCCAACACCAGUCGCCUUGUGUCCGGCAUCAGGGACAACCUUCACCUGUUGGAGGAGGGCCAGGGGAUGCCUCGCGAGGAGAUGGACGAGCGUAUCGCCCGUGAGGAGUUUCGCCGGCCCCGGGAGUCCCUCCUGAACAUCUGCACUGAGUUCUACAAACACUGCGGCCCGCGCCUCAAGAUCCUGCAGAACGUGGCCGGGGAACCCCGUGUCACCGCCUUAGAGCUGCUGGACAUCAAGUCCCACAUGAGAUUGGCAGAGAUCGCCCACUCCCUCCUCAAGCUGGCCCCCUACGACAGCCUGACCAUGGAGAGCCGAGGCCUGCGGCGCUACGUCACUGGGAUGCUGCCCAUCACCGAUUGGUCGUCCGAGGCCGUGCGGCCCGCCCUCAUCCUCAUCCUGAAGCGGCUUGACCGCAUGUUCAACAAGAUCCACAAGAUGCCUACGCUCAGGAGACAGGUGGAGUGGGAGGCGGCCAGUAGUCUGAUUGAAGGUAUCUGUCUGACUCUCCAGCGUCAGCCAAUCAUCUCCUUCCUCCCUCACCUCCGCUCCCUCAUCAAUGUCUGUGUCAACCUGGUGAUGGGGGUAGUAGGCCCCUCCAGUGUGGCUGAUGGGCUGCCCCUGCUCCACCUGAGCCCGUAUCUGUCCCCCCCUCUACCCUUCAGCACAGCAGUGGUCCGCCUGGUGGCUCUGCAGAUACAGGCUUUGAAGGAUGACUUCCCCCUGAGCCAUGUGAUCUCCCCCUUCACCAAUCAGGAGAGGCGAGAGGGCAUGCUGCUCAACCUGUUGAUUCCAUUCGUGCUGACAGUGGGUUCAGGGAGCAAAGACUCCCCACACCUGGAGCAGCCUGAGGUCUCUCUGCUCCUGCAGACGGUCAUCAACAUCCUCCUCCCCCCGCGCAUCAUCAGCACGUCCCGGACCAAGAACUUCAUGCUGGACACGUCCCCCGCCCACUGCUCCACCCCGGGGGACCAGGGCAAGGACCUGAGGAGAGAGGGCCUGGCCGAGUCCACCAGUCAGGCUGCAUACCUGGCUCUAAAGGUGGUGUUGGUUUGUUUUGAGAGGCAGCUGGGGAACCAGUGGUAUCGCCUCAGCCUGCAGGCCAAGGAGAUGUCUCUGAGGAAGGUGGGAGGCCUGGCCUUCUGGGACUUCAUAGAUUUCAUAGUGCGUACUCGGAUUCCCAUCUUCGUCCUGCUGCGUCCCUUUAUCCAGUGCAAGCUCCUGACCCAGCCAGCUGACUCCCAGGAGGAGAUCACGGCCCGCCACCACAUCGCUGACCAGCUGGAGCGUCGCUUCAUCCCCCGCCCCCUCUGCAAGAGCUCCCUGUUCGCAGAGUUCAACAACGAGCUGAAGAUCCUCAAGGAGGCCGUGCACAGUGGCUCUGCGUACCAGGGCAAGACGUCCAUCAGCACAGUGGGCACGUCCACCUCUGCCUACCGCCUGUCGCUGGCUACCAUGUCCCGGUCCAACACGGGCACGGGCACGGUGUGGGAGCAGGAGAGCCAGCCGUCACGCCAGCCCUCUCAGGACACGCUAAGCCGCACCGACGAGGAUGACGAACAGGAGCAGGAAGAGAAUGACUCUAUCAGUAUUCCCAGUGUGGUGAGUGAACAUGAGGUCUUCCUGCCCAGGCUCAUCACCCAGCGACGCUUCUCUAGUCAUGCCACGGGCAGCGCCCAGCCUGAACCCAGCACCCGCAGCACCAUGCUGCCCAGCCACAGUGAACCCAAUGUGCUAGAUGAGUCUCAAGGACUGGAAGAGGGUAACCUGUCUAGGGUGGCCAGUGUGCAGAGUGAACCAGGCCAGCAGAACCUCUUGAACCAACCUCCGCUGGGACGCAAUAGAGGACUGAGACAGUUGCGACGCCCCCUGCUGUCUCUUCCGAAGAGUGAGGCGCGAGGACCAGGUCGCUCUGGAGCCCGACUCUCUGCCACCCGCAGGAGCAUCCAGCCCAAGAACAAGCCUCUGGAAACGUUAUUGGACUGCGAAGCAACCCACGGGUGGGACCAGAAGAGGGUGGUCACCUUCACAGAGGGCCAGCAGGCUCAGGCAAAGUCCCCCGACCCCGGUGGCGCCAAUGCGCCCCCAGAGGGUAGGAAGGCCAGCCCGGCCCCUCCAAUCACUCCCCCUGCUGCCCCUGGGGCCUCAUCAUCGGCCACCGUCAAAGCUGACCUCCACAGCCCUGCCAAGAAACAGUUGGAGAGCAAGGAGAAACGAGAACAGUGGGGCCUCCGCAGCAGCCUCUCUCCUCGGCCCUCCAUCUCCCCCACACCAACCUCCUCCUGCUCUCCUCUCCCUCCUCCACCUCUCCCCAUCUCCCGCGCCUCCUCCCGCGCCUCCACCCCCACCCCACCCUCCUCCUGCUCUCCUCUCCCUCCUCCACCUCUCUCCAUCUCUCGCACCUGUUCUCCCCUCCCCCCUCUGCCGAUCCUGGGGAUCCGACCCCCCGCUCCCCCCACCCACCUCUUCCAUCCUGGUCCGUCCUCCCAUCAGACCCCCGAGAGCCCCGAGGACGAGGACACGACUGCCCUGCUGGGGAGGAACGCAGACACCCUCCUCCACAUUUCAGAGGACAAUGGGGGCACAGAGAACCCCCUACUCGCCCCCCUGCUCUCCCCCCGCCGCUUGCCCGCCCUGGCCCCACACCACUCCCCCGCCCUGCCCCCCCGCCGCUCCCCCCUCCCCAUCUCCCCAGUCGACCUGGACCUGGAUGAGUCCCACGUCUGAGAAGCGUCCCUGUAACGUUUCAGUAACGUUUUGUUAACAUUUCGGUAACAAAACUCGUAACGUAACGUUAUAACUAGGGCCAGGAGUUUUUCCCUGACUGAACUUGCGUGACCGCACUAGGAAAAAGUCCUGGCCCUAGUUACAAGGCUCUAAACUACAGACGUAGGCUAUAACUAGGGCCCGGAGUUUUGACCCUUUAGGUUAGAGCACAUGGUCCGGCUGGGGAAACUCCUGGCCCUAGUUAUGACCCUGGCAGGGUAGCUUCUCUAUGUCGGUCCACUUCUAUAUCUUUGGAGUCUGUGUUUAGACAUUGAGCUGCCUGAUAUCUCUGUAUCCUUCUAGCUAACGGAGGUCAGAGGGCGCUUGAAAAAUGAGGAACCUGUUGGAAUACUCUGAAAAUAAAAAUGCAUCCUCCCUUCCUUGAUCUGAUCUGACAUAAAAUGACUGGUGAAAUCAGUGCAGUAGAAUCCUUGCUCUCACCUAUCCAAUCACGUUAGAUUAGUGAUUACCUCAAGAAAAAGAAGGGAGGAAAGAUGCAUCUUUAGAGUAUUAGAACAGGGCCAAGGACCAAUACCUGUUAGUGUUCUCCUCUUGCCCACUCCCCUGCCCCUCUCUCCCCUUCUCUCUCUGCUCUCUUCUGUCCUGUUAGAGCACCAAGAUGAAAUCCAUACUUCACUAUGUCUACAGUACCAGUGACAGUACAUCCUCACCUGUGACAUUUUAACCCAUCUCAUACCAAAGUAUUCAAAUCAAAUGCAGAAUCAACAUGCCUUCUUCACACGUCAGGGUGGAUUAAUCCAUGGAGUCCCAACAGGUGAUCAAGUGGGACUGUUACUGUUGCUAGGUAGAUCACAUUCUAUUUGUUGUGGUCUAUUGAAAAGAGAAGGGAGAGUGUUUCCAGCAAUUGGCUGCUACAAACAUCUGUUUACCUUUUGGUUGACCUUGUCACCUCCGAAGAACUGUUUACAGUGAAUCUGCUGAAGGGUAAACGGUUGACUAGAGAAAUGAAAUGUAUAUUAGCUAUGAUAUUAUGAAAUGUAUAAUAUUUAAUCCUGAAGACUAUUUUAAAGAAAGAUUUAAUAUAUAUAAUUGUCAAAGAAUUGCAGAGAGGCAUAGUAUGUUUGUCAUUAGGAUAAUAUAUUAGUGGCCUCCCAGGUGGCCACACUGCGGUCUAGGGCACUGCAUCGCAGUGAGGCGUCACUACAGACCCGGGUUCGAUCCCAGGCUGUGUCACAACCGGCCGUGACCUGGAGUCCCAUAGGGCGGUGCACAAUUGGCCCAGCGUGGUCUGGGUUAGGGGAGGGUUGGGCCGGGGGGGGCUUUACUUGGCUCAUUGUGCUCUAGUGACUCCUUGUGGCGGGCCGGGCACCUGCAGGCUGACAUUAGAAGUCAGUUAAACGGUGUUUCCUCUGACACAUUGGGGCAUCUGGCCUCCGGGUUAAGUGGGUGGGUGUUAAGGAGCGUGGUUUGGCUGCUAAUGUUUCAGAGGACGCAUGACUCGACCUUUGCCUUUUUUUGGUGAGAAAAAGGGGGGGAAACCAGAAUGUUUAUUUAUUAAUAGAUGGAUAGAUUGACAUAAUUAUUUAUAAAAUAUUUAUCCUCUUGGGGUUUCUAGGUUUGAUUUAUUGACAAUUGACACACUGAGUGGUUGUUGUUUUCCUGUGGAAGUUGAGUCUGUUAGAUGAGAAGAGGCUCUUUAUGGAGGUUGAGUCUGUUAGAUGAGAAGAGGUUCUUUAUGGAAGUUGAGUCUGUUAGAUGAGAAGAGGUUCUUUAUGGAGGUUGAGUCUGUUAGAUGAGAAGAGGUUCUUUAUGGAGAUUCAGUCUGUUAGAUGAGAAGAGGUUCUUUAUGGAGGUUGAGUCUGUUAGAUGAGAAGAGGUUCUUUAUGGAGAUUCAGUCUGUUAGAUGAGAAGAGGUUCUUUAUGGAGGUUGAGUCUGUUAGAUGAGAAGAGGUUCUUUAUGGAGGUUGAGUCUGUUAGAUGAGAAGAGGUUCUUUAUGGAGGUUGAGUCUGUUAGAUGAGAAGAGUCCAAAGCGCUAUAAGUGGGGCAGGUCACACUUGGAAGACAAUCCUAACAUCAACUGAAGUAAAAAUUAGGGUCUCCAUAUAGCUGAGGUUCAGUAUUGUAGCACGCUUGAAAUGUGAAGGUAAUUUCAGAUUGAGCCGACAUAAGUAGCGUUUGCUGUGAAUGCAGUCUCCACUAACGCUGGAAACCUUUGCCUUUAAAUGUCAAACAGGCUACAACACAGAACUUCUGCGAUACGGAUUGAGUCCAGCCCUUAGUCGUGCAUUGAUGUCAAUAGGAAACUAAGUGGACAUUUUUGUAAAAGUUAGGUUUCGCCCCUUCGAGGGUAAAGGUCUUGUUUUAGUAUGAUGAAUGUAAAACUAUCAUACCACAACUAACAGCUCACUGGGCACAUACGUCACUUCAACGGUUAAAAGUUGGGUAAAAAUAAGUUGAUUCAACGUCAUCACGGUGAUUAUUUUGGUUGAAAUGACGUGGAAACAAUGUUGAUACAACUAGUUUUGGCCCAGUGGAUGGAUGUUGUUUUAUGUGUAACCAAAUCCAGGUUCUGUUUUGAAUAGCCUCCAACGUAAUACUGACCUUCUGUUGUAGUGAAAGCAUCAUGCAGAAUAGGUAACUGGUUAUGGGCACCGAGGUAUUAUUAGUAUGUCCAGUAAUGUCAUAGAGUUUAUAAUGAUGCUUUUUAUUGUUGUGUUUUCAAUGCUUUGAAGAAAGGUUUCUAGUCCUCAAAACCUUAUGCCAACAAGAUCCCUGAUUCUGAGUUGUAGCAGUUAGGAUGCCUCCUUGUUCAACUUCUGCCUUAAACUAGAGAACUGGGAGGACCCCUCCAGCUCCUUGAUAAUGGUCUGUUCCCUGACUGAGGUCCCCUUAUGUGCCAUGGGGCUUGGUACAGUCCAAACCUGAGAUGGGUGUGCUGCAGUCUACUAUCUUCUGGUUAAUGUUGGUUUUGCACCAGAUCAGUGAAAAGAGGAGGUAGUUAUGAACUAAACGUGAAAAACCCAGAAACUUUGCAGUUCUUGACACAAACCGGUACGCCUGGCACCUACUACCAUAUCCCCUUGAAAGGCACUUAAAUCAUUAGUCUUGCCUAUUUACCCUCUGAAUGGCACACAUACACAAUCUGUGUCUCAAUUGUCUCAAGGCUUAAAAAUCAUUCUUUAACCUGUCUCCUCUCCUUCAUCUACACUGACUGAAGUGGAUUUAUGAGGGAUCAUAGCUUUCACCUGGAUUCACCUGGUCAGAGCAGGUGUUCCUAAUGGUUUGUACACUCAGUUAUAUGUGAAAGGAAGAACUGGGCUUUUCCUGAAUAUCUUCUACCAUUUCCCCCUGUUUGACGGCGUCAGUGCAGAAGCGUUAGUAGUGAUAUGAAUAGGUGCCAUAAUGCACAUAUGACUAUUGCACUGUGAGUCGGUCUCAUAGCUGUGUCUGCUUCUGUGUGUGAUCUAAAUGUACUGCUGUGUAGUUCCCACAGAGGCUGGUUAUCAGAUCUAUAGUUCCCAUAUCGUUAGAGGGGUUAUCAGAUCUAUAGUGCCCAUAUCGUUAGAGGGGUUAUCAGAUCUAUAGUGCCCAUAUCGUUAGAGGGGUUAUCAGAUCUAUAGUGCCCAUAUCGUUAGAGGGGUUAUCAGAUCUAUAGUGCCCAUAUCGUUAGAGGGGUUAUCAGAUCUAUAGUGCCCAUAUCGUUAGAGGGGUUAUCAGAUCUAUAGUGCCCGUAUCGUUAGAGGGGUUAUCAGAUCUAUAGUGCCCAUAUCGUUAGAGGGGAUUCUAUUUCAAUGAUAGUAUCACUAUAGUUCAUUCUAGAACCCAGGGGGAUAAUACAAAAGUCUAUUAUACUGUAUAAGCCAAUUAUACUGUAGGCGACAUAUUCUGGUGUCCCUGUGGACAUGUUGUCUUGUCAGUGCUAACGGUCAGUGUCUGUCCGUGUGUGUAGUGCCAAUGCUCUCUGCUGCGGAGCUGUCCUUGUGCAGAUGCUUUCUGGGAGGUUGGCAUGGAGACUUAUUCAUCAAACGUGCCAUAUAUUCCAAAGUCAUCUGCAUUCUGCAGUUUGUCCCAUGUAAUGCACUGUUGAAGUGCUCUACUUAACCAGGUUUUCCAGAAAUCUUGGUUGGAGGAUUCCCGGAUUUCUUGUUUAUUACUUUCGGAUUCCUUGACUCUUCCAGCUAGUAUAUCAGGAGUUUGAGGAAAGUUACCAGAAUUUGGAGACCUGAGUUCUAUUUCAUUGUCAAUUACAAUUUGUAGUACCGGUAAGCACACUGUAUUGCUUUAAACAUAAUCAGAAAAUGAUAUUUUUAAAUGAUUGCCAACUCAUAGCUAACGUGUGAUGAUGUUCGUCGCAAUGAAAUAUGUUUCUAGUUUGUUUAGUUUAGUUAUAUUUCUUACAUGUUAUGAAGGAUAGCUGGAUCUGUGUUGUUCUGGCUCUGGGAAUAACUUUUCCAUAAACUUGGAAGUUUACCUCAAAGUCCUAUCCACAUGCUAGGGGUGGCAGGUAGCCUAGUGGUUAGAGCGUUGGACAAGUAACUGAAAGGUUGCAAGAUCCAAUCCCCAAGCUGACAAGGUAAAAAAAAAAAAGCCAGUUAACCCACUGUUCCUAGGCCAGUUAACCCACUGUUCCUAGGCCAGUUAACCCACUGUUCCUAGGCCAGUUAACCCACUGUUCCUAGGCCAGUUAACCCACUGUUCCUAGGCCAGUUAACCCACUGUUCCUAGGCCAGUUAACCCACUGUUCCUAGGCCAGUUAACCCACUGUUCCUAGGCCAGUUAACCCAAUGUUCCUAGGCCAGUUAACCCAAUGUUCCUAGGCCAGUUAACCCACUGUUCCUAGGCCAGUUAACCCACUGUUCCUAGGCCAGUUAACCCAAUGUUCCUAGGCCAGUUAACCCACUGUUCCUAGGCCAGUUAACCCACUGUUCCUAGGCCAGUUAACCCACUGUUCCUAGGCUGUCAUUGAAAAUAAGAAUUUGUUCUUAACUGACUUGCCUAGUGAAAUAAAUAUAACAUGCUGUAUGGUGGAGCUGUGAGAUAUUCAGAAGUGUGUGUGUGUCAAAUGCAGGGGCCCCCAGGGUGGGAGGAGCUAUAGGAAGACAGACUCAUUGUAAUGGCUGGAAUGGAAGCCUGUCCUCCUAUAGCUCCUCCCACCAGACUCCUCAGGUGGAAGUGACAUUAUGGUCUAGAUUAUAUAAUAUAAUUUUGAUAUUUUAUUUCUCCAAAUAUAUAUUAACAUCAGCAUUUGUUCACAUGCAUUUGUUCAUAUUCAAUCAUGGUUCCAUCGACAUAUAUUUUUUCCUCUGUGUGACUCUGAAAUAUAUCGUAUUAUAUACUUAAGAUAUUUAUUUCAAAUGAUUGUCUUGUCCUGUGUUCUCAAUCUAUUCUAAAAUAUAGCUAUAUCAAAGUAUUUAUGAAAUAUUUAAAGAAUAAAUGGAUAUUGUUGUAUACA